AUGGCACGCGCCAUCAUCUCCGGCACGGUGGGCUCCAUUUUCCUGGGCAUGAGUGGCGCCUCGAUUGGCGCCAUGAUCUUCGACACCGCCACAAUCCCCUUUCUGGUUUCGGCGUGUGCUGGCUUUCUUCUCGGCACAGUCGGAUUCUAUCGCGAUGCCGUGCGAAAGUCACAGCGAGCACUUGAUCGGUUCCCGCAAUUGCUCCAGCUGCAUCUGGAUUCCAACUUCCCACACCGGGGCUUCGAUACCUGGCACGCGGGGCGGUUCCGGAGUGGUGUCUUCCGCAAAAGCUGGGUAUUACAGAGCAUGCUCAUCGCAAGCUGGUUGACGGCAAACCGAGCAAUUGAGCGCAUCUACGAAGCUGAAGAAGAACGGCUCCUCCUUCCAUUUAUAGGCUCGGCAAAGGAUGGAGAUGGUGAUGAAGGAGAAUAA